GUUUUAUAUGGCGAAAAAUCAAAUGGCUCCAAUGAGGAUAAGUUUGCAGCAUCCACCGCACGUCGACCCAACUAAGGCUACUCUAGCGUAUGGGAAAUUAGCUGUUAAGAGGCUUAAUAGAGAACUGAAAGAUGAAGAUCUGUUAACACGUCAACGUGCCGUUAAAGCCUUAUGCGAUUAUUUACACGAUCCAGAGCAUAUAGCAGAAGCAGUUAAUGAAGGAGUGAUCUGUUCAUUGAAUAUGCUAUUAAAAGAUCCUGAUGUAUCUUGUAGAGCUUAUGCAACAGAAUGUUUUGUAAUCUGUUGUCAACAUUCAAUAGGUCGAAUCGCUGUAUUAAAUCACAAUAUUAUGGAGUCAUUUAAACCUCUUAUUAAUUAUAGUCAGCCUGAUAUCGUUCGACUUAAUACACAUAAAGCCAUUGAACUUUUAACAGUAGAUCCACUAGGAGCAAAAGCAACUGUUGGUUCAAGAUAUAUUGACUUACUGAUUAAAUGUGCUGAGAAAGAAGUUGAAGAAAUUAAAAUUGUUAUAUUGGACACAUUGAACCACUGUUUAAGUUUUAACACUGAUGAAGGAUUGGAAUCAGGUGGAAUACCAUUGUUUACCAGGUUAUUAUCUCAUCCAACUUCAGAGGUUAGAUCACGUGCAGCUGAAAACAUUUCACGGUUAUGUGUAAACUCUCGAGGUAAACAGGAAGCUCUAGAUAAUGAAACGAUCCCUGCUUUAGUCAGUUUGUUGAAUGAUAAAAGUGAAAAUGUGAGGGCAUCAUCUGCUGGAGCGUUGGGUUUCAUAUGUACAACUAAUCAUGGUCGGUAUACAACAUUAAACUCCGGUGCUAUUCCAUUACUUCUCAGUUUGGUUGAUGAUAAGAAUAGUCGCGUACGGUUGAAUGUUCUAAAGGUGAUAACCUGUCUAUCGGAGACACCUGAAGGACGUAGGAUUUUAAAGGAUCAUCUUCAUGAUAAAAUAUCUCCACAUGAAAAUGAUAUAAAUGCAGCUGUAGCAAAACAUGCAAAAAUAGCUGUGUCUGUCAUCACUUGGAAACCCUAGCUAAUCGAUAGACGAAAAAGGAAAAAAGAGAGAGAACUCGAAUCCAAGAAAGGAAGACAAAGAAUGCAAACCAGUAGGAAAUGGAUAGUAGGAUGUAAGAGAAAUAUUUGUAUCAUCUAUCAAACAUAACAUUUCAUCCUGUCGUACUGAAUAUGAUAUUUUCUCUCUAGAAAUCUAAGAAUAACUAAAUGAAUUGUAAAUGACUACCAUCUACAUUUACUUAUUGACCUCUUCAUUAUGUAACUGUAUGUACCAUAACAUUUCAUUGAAAAAAAAGAUUACUUUUAUCAUGAUUGAAACUUCUGAAGUUGUGUAAGCAUUUAUCA